GGUCUCACAUUCUCACGCUUCACUUCCUGCUACUGCUUUUGACUCAAUCAACACCGUUCUUUCUCGCCAUCGCCUCUUCGCUCUCUCCUGUAAUUCUACCUUAAUCACAAGUCGGGUCUCGUCUACUCAAUACGCCGCAUCGUGACUUCCCGCAGUCUCUUACCGGUCUCACUCUACGAAGCUUAACCCGUCGGGACCUCCUCAUUCGAAAACCCUUGGCCGGGCCAAUCCUUUCGCUUCCGCCUUCACUCCACCAGUCGACGCCUCUGAUAACUCCAGUCCUCCUAGAUUGUCCGCAGUCCUUCAACUCUGUAUAUCGAUUGAUAAUUUCGCCAUGCAUCGAACGCAACCCCUUGCCGCUCUUGUCUAUCAACAUAUCUUUCCAGUUCGUCGCCCCGAUGACCCCGCAAACUUUUCCAUGCACCUCAGUAAAAACCUUGUCGGUGAAGUUCGAAUCGAGACUGCGACCUUCUACGGUUCGCUCGAUUCUGUUGAAGCGCGAUAUCCUGGUCUAAAUUACUCACAUCCACCUCAUCGCAAACGACUCGGUCGAUUUCCUCAUCAUGCUCGCCUGUUCCAGGCUUUUGAUGAACUUGGUCUGACACCAUCAGAAAUUGCAGGAUUCUGUCGAUGGGAAGGUACAUUAUGGGCGAGGGAGCGUUACGAGCGCGAUGAAGGAAUCAAGGUUAUGGACACAACAGCACAAGAGAUUGGACCAUGGGUAGAUAACCGUAACAAGCGGUCGCAAAAGAGCGGAAUCAAUGUCAAGACAGAUAUCGAGGUCGAGAUCAUGCCCGCUCAAACGGCGGAGGUUGCAGAGGACGAGACGAUGGAGGACAACGAUGACGAACACAAUGAGGUAAUGAGUGAAGCUGAAGACGAAACUGCGGACGAUGUAUUCCCUCAGGACGUGCAUCGUGGGACCCGCUCUGCGCAGAUCGACGCAGAACAUGCAGAAUGGGAGCAGUACAUGAAGGACCAGCAAGAAAGGGAACGCCGCGAAUUAGCUGGAGAAAUUGUGCGAGCUCGUCAAACUGGUGAUAUCGUCUUCCAGCAGAGAUUUGUUGCCAGGGGACCCCCAACCGCGUCAUGAUUUUCCUACGGCAACGUUCUCCUUUCCGUCUACAUACCCGUCGUUCGAGGCUUAGCCGUUCAAAUGGCUGUCAAGUGUGGGAAAAGCGUGAAAAGCUUAUGUCUUCCAGGAACAGCUCCUCCUGUGGCGUUUUUUUGGGAGCGAUGGGGUCGCAUAGCGUUGAUGUCUGAGUGCUCACUCGCACUCUGUAAAAUCUAUUUGAUUCAACGAGGGAGCAAUAAUUGUUAGAUGAAGCUGCGUCAUUGCGUUCUGUACAUAAUUGGCUGACUGACGGCGCAAAUAGACCAAAGAUUCAAUUC